AUGAGACUCCCAUCAGUUAGUGAUACAGACCCGGUCUUUGCCUCAGACGACAAGACCUACGUAUUUGAAAACCCAGACGACUUGCCUGUCGAGUCCUUGAUCAACGAAAUAUUACCCAUUGACCAAGAAUUAAGUGCAAGAUCCACCAAGGUCCCAGCAACUGCCGAGCCUGGGUUCUCUGAAAUUUACAGAAACGCAGCUUUUCCCAAUGGAUUGAAAUCGUGCAUUACUGCUGACUUGGACACCCAUCCCAAGAUAUUUGACUCUGCUGUCGAGAGACAUGGGCACUCGCCAUGUUUAUUGUAUCACGAAUACGAUUACGAGAAUGACCAACACAUGGAAAGGUACGUCUCUAUUGAUUACAACACAGUUAGUAAAAGAGUCACAAACCUCGCAAGUGGAUUGUUCUUUCUCUUAAACUCGUGUCCCUUCAAAGACCCUACAUUAGAGUCACACCAAAAGAUUGACAACCACCAAAGAGACUAUGCUUCAUAUAACAAGGACAAUUUCUCCUUUGUUGCCACUUUUUACGCAAGCAACAGAGCAGAAUGGAUAUUGUCUGACUUGGCAUGCUCAGCGCAUUCAAUCACCUCGACAGCUUUAUACGACACCUUGGGCGCUGAGGCAUCAAAGUAUAUUUUGGAAACCACCGAAUCACCCGUGGUUAUAGCAUCAAGAGGCAAGAUCGAGCACUUGAUUAAUUUGAAAAAAGAAAACCCCGAGGCCUUGAAAUCAUUGAUCUUGGUCAUAUCGAUGGACCCCUUGACCAAGAAACACGCACACUUGAUCCGAGAAGCAGAAGCCCAAAGAAUCAAGGUUUUUGACUUCUCCCAAGUCGAACAAGUUGGUGCUAUUUUCCCAUCUCCAAGGUUCCCACCUACCCCAGACUCAGUCUACACAAUCACAUUUACUUCGGGUACUACCGGUGCUCAUCCAAAGGGAGUCAUUUUACCCCAAAGAUCCGUCACAUGUGCGCUUUCAGCAGCAGCUUUGCUUUUACCACAUUCCAAAAAAGACCGUGAAUUUUGCUUCCUUCCAUUGGCCCAUAUCUUUGAAAGACACAUGUCAGGAAACGUGUUUCUUUACGGAGGAUCAAUUGCUUUCCCCAGGUUGGGAGGUAAUGCCGUUACAAUGGUUGAUGAUUUAAAAUUGGCAAAGCCCACCUUCUUGGCCAAUGUUCCACGUAUAUUUGGCAAGAUCGAAGCAACUAUAAAAGCCAUGACUAUUGACUCUGAGUCGAAAUUCAACAGAACGGUAUACCUGCAAGCGUUUGACGCAAAGCGUCAAAAACAAGAGAGUGAGAAUUCCAAAGGAGAUCAUUUCAUCUAUGACCAGACGGUAAUUAAGCGUUUGAGAAAGGCAUUUGGAUUUGAUAAUAUGGAAAUGUGUUUUACGGGGUCAGCGCCAAUAGCGGCAGAGACUAUUAGAUUCUUGAAAAGCUCUUUGGGCAUAGGUAUCACCCAGGGUUAUGGAUCGAGUGAAUCUUUUGCUGGAAUAAUUAUGGCCUUACCAAACCACGCAGAUAGUGUUGGUACGUGUGGUGCAAUUGCCCCAACUGUGGAGGCAAGAUUAAGAGAAGUACCUGAAAUGGGGUAUAACUUGACGGACGAAGGAGGUCCUCGAGGUGAAUUACAAUUACGCGGUCCUCAAAUGUUUACCCACUACUACAAAAAUGAAGAAGAAACGAAAAAGGCAAUUGAUAAGGACGGAUGGUUUUCCACUGGAGAUGUAGCGCAAAUCACACAUGAUGGAUGGUUUAUUGUCAUUGACCGUGUCAAAAACUUUUUCAAAUUGGCCCAGGGUGAAUACGUUACCCCAGAAAAAAUUGAAAACUUGUAUCUUUCUUCAAACUCAUUUAUAACACAAGUUUUUGCACACGGCAAUUCCCUCAACUCAUACUUGGUAGGUAUUGUUGGUAUUGAUCCUGUAAAUAUUGUACCAUUGGUGAAGAAAAUGGGGUACACCGGUGACCUAAGCUCUCCAGCUAAAGUCGUCGAAGCAUGCAACAAACGAGAAAUCAAAACUCAGAUCUUGCUUACAAUGAAUACAAACGUGAACGGUAAACUCAAUGGGUUCGAGAAAUUGCACAAUAUCUUUAUUGAUAUCGAGCCAUUGAGAUUGGAGAGAGAAGUGAUCACUCCUACUUCAAAGUUGAGAAGACCUAUUGCAGCUAAGUUCUUUAAGGAGCAGAUUGACGCUAUGUACUCUGAGGGCUCUAUCUUGAAGGACUUGAAAUUGUAA